AGUUUUGAAGUUCGUCAAUUUAUUUAUAAUCCUAUUAAAUGGAUUCGUGAUAUUGGGAAAAUAUAUGGUAUAAAAUUAUAAUCAUUUUAGAGAAUGAAACUCGAGAAAGUACUAACUAAAUAUUUAUCAUUAUUUAGAUUUAUUUGUAUACGUAUUUUCCAUUUGCACUUCAAUUUUGUGGCUUCAAGGAAAUGAUCAUGACCAGAUACUUCCAUAUAUAACUUUUUCAUGCCUGUUCUUAAAUUUAAAAAUUAUGUCAUUUUUUAGGGUAUUUAAAUAUUAUGAAACAUAUUAUGCAAUCGUUAUUAGAAUUGCAAAGCGGGUCAUGUUUUUCUUCACAAACUUUAUAAUGGUUAUUUUAAUAAGUUUUUCAUAUGCAUUUUAUACUAUAUUAUCACCAAAAAUGAAUUAUCCCUUAGAUGAACGUAUAGUUAAUGAUGACCCUAAUAAUCCUUGGAAUUUGUCCCCUAAUUAUCAAGUAUUUGUAAAUAAUACUAGCGUUAAUUCCAAUUUAUUUAUUUUACAAAAACCCGAUGAGAACACAAACAUGUUUACAACCUUCGCUACUUCAUUUUUUGCAACGUGUUUAUUACUCACAGGCGAUACAAGUUCCUUUUCUAAUUGGACAUAUGAAGAAAAUCCUACACUUAUGAUAUUAAUGAUUUUGUUCGCAUUCUUUAUGGCUAUUUAUAUUCUGAAUGUAUUUAUCGCACUAUUUAGUGAGGCAACAAAAGAUCGCGAUGACUCAUUUUUGAUAACAAGAGCAGAGUUUUUGGCUGAAGUUGAGUUAUUUUACCUAUUACCAUUUCAAAGACGUUGGAAUGACUGGUUUCCUGAAAUGAUAUAUUAUUGUGCUAAUAUUAAUGAGACUCGUAAAAAAGUUAAAGAAAUGAUUGAUAAGGGUGAAUGGAAUACCAAUAAAAUUUCAGAAUCGAGAAAAAAAUUAAUGGAAAAACUCAAUAUUCCACUUGAAAAUGAAAUUUCUUUACAGGAUAUAUUAGAAGAAAUACAAGCAAUGAAGAAUUCCUCACAAAAUAUGUUAGCAGAAAUGCAAGAAAUAAAGAAGAGAUUACAAUAAUUAGAAUAAUUAUAAAUGAUAUAUUAUGUUUUAUUAUAGAGUAUUAUUCUUUCUAUAGGUAGAACCAGUU